AUGAGGAUUUUAAAAUUCAUUUUAUUAUUGAUUUCAAUUUCAUUAUUGAUAUUAUCUAUUAAUGCAAAUAUACAACCCAAUGAAGAACCAAAAACAUCAGAAACACCCGUUGUACAACCAGAUCAAAUAAUAACAACCAAACCAAAUAGUAACAAUAAUAAAAAAAAUGAAAAUGAAAAAAAGCUUACAAAUUCAUUUUUAACAAGAAAGCAAUUAAAAUAUAAUGUAGUUUUAAAAAAUAAUAAUAAUAUUAAUAAUAACAAUAAUAAUAACAAUAAUAAUAAUGAUAAUAAUAAUAAUGUUAAUAACGAUAGCGAUAACCAAUAUAACAAUAUUGAAAUGAUUUCAAAAGAUGGUACAAAAUAUAAAUGUUUAAUUCCAAAACCAGUUGAAAAGGUAAAAGAAGAAUGGGUCGAAGUUCCAACCAUCGAAAAGAUUAGGGAUUCAUUAUCAACAUUAAAAAACAAGUGUAUUAAAUCAGUUAAUCCUGCUAUUUGGUGGUCAUAUGAAUUUUGUUAUCAAGAUAAAGUUAGACAAAUGCAUUUAGAAAAAGGUGUUGUAGCAAGCGAGUUUAUAUUAGGUGCCUAUAACAAUGAUGAAUCUGACUCUAAUGGAUCCAUCAAAGGUAUAGAUCAAAAUAUUUUAGAAAAAUACAAGAAAAAAGAAAUUACCGAAAUACCAUCCUCCCAUUCAUCCUCAUCGUCAUCUGCAAUUUACUUGCCAUAUUUCUCUGAAAUUUAUGAAGGUGGUACAGAUUGUGAAAUCUUAAAUAUUAAAAGAUUCACCGAAGUUAGAUAUUAUUGUUCUAAAGAUGCCCAACAACCAAUAUUCCCAAGAUAUCUCAGAGCCCAUCAUCAUGCACCUAUUUACUAA